GUUGGUGCCUUUAGGAAAUUUGUGUCUUUUGUCUCCAGCCGGCAAACCUGUAGUUUCUAACGGUGUCUAAUUCUAACCAAACUUAACAAAACUUUAUUCAUCAUGGACGUUGACACAGAAAAAGCUGACUGUCAUGAAAAUCAUUGUGGCAAUUCAACGUGUUCUGAAGUUAAAUUAAAUGAGGCACCAAACACUAACGUAGAAAACAAUGAAAAACCACCAAGUGAAGAUUUACCCAAAAAUAAGGGUGACAUAGACAAGGACCUAGACAGCGAAGAACCCAAUAAAGUUACUGAAAAUAUAGAAUUUAAAGUUAUUUAUAAUAAAAAGAAAAUCGAUGUCACCUUCCCACUGGAUGGGUUAGUAAUUGAUUUAAAAACUCACUUACAAAAUAUAAUAUCAGUACCAAAGGAAAUGCAAAAAGUUAUGAUCAAAGGUCUAGCCAAAGAUCAAGAUACUCUUCGCAGUCUAGGAGUUACGAAUGGGGCCAAAGUAAUGAUUGUCGGAUCAAAAUUAGACGAUGUAUUAUCAGUUUCUGUUCCAAAUAAACAAGAAGUACAAGACGAAGCUGCGGCAGCUUCAAGUAAGGAACCUUUGACACAACAAAAAAUCCACAGGAAAAUUUUGGAUAAGGGGGUACCUGAAGAUGCUAUGCCAGGAAUUAUAAAUGUCCAGGAUCCCCUUCCGGAAUUUCCAUUAUCAGGAAUGCUUAAUAAAUCAGGUGGUAAAGUUAGAUUAACAUUUAAGCUAGAACAAGAUCAAUUAUGGAUCGGGACUAAGGAGAGAACUGACAAAAUAUCAAUGAAUUCAAUUAAAAAUAUUCAUAGUGAGCCGAUUCCCGAAUUUCCAGAAUAUCACAUUAUGGGAAUACAAUUAGGUACAACAGAAGCAUCGAGAUAUUGGAUAUAUUGGGUCCCUGCACAAUACAUCGCUGCCAUCAAAGAUGCUGUCCUCGGCAAGUGGUGUUAUUUUUAAUUUAUGUCAAAUUUUCGAUAAUAAUUAAAAUAAUUACGCGAUUAAUAAAUGUGAACAUCGUCAUGAAACGACUAUACUAGUCACGCAUUUUUAUUAUUAAAAUUUAUUAUUAUUAAUAUUAAUAUUAUGGUUCUAGAGCUUUCGUCGUAUAUUCUUCGAUAAACGACUUAGUAAUUUAAAAAUAAAUAAUUAAAAUCUUAAAUGUAAAUAAAAUAUCAUCAGAUCUUAUCAGAAUUUCCAGGUUGUUUUAAUAAUUUUCGGUUGUUUAUAAAUAAAAUAUUCGUCAAAUUAAAAUAAUUUUUAGAAAAAUGUCAUCUCCAUUUUUUCUAUUUAAUAAUAAAGUGCCACAAAUAUUUUGA